UCAUCAAAGCUUCAUGGAAAAGAAAGAUUCUUGUACACCGAGAUCUUGGGUUUCUAAAUCGAACUUCACUUCACCAACUCCAAAUCAACAAGCAUCCUUCAUCAUCAUCACUGGAGAGGAAGAUCACCCUUCGCUUUUUCACAUCUCGACUAUAAUUCACUCAAAUAUUAACAUGCUUUAUCUUACGCUGGAUGAAUACUCUACUACUGACUUUUAAUAAACGCGAUCGAUAUCGGAUUGUUUGGUAUUUGGCUUCAUUUCAUUUUAUUUUGGAUACCCUCAAAAGUCUUCCUCCUCUUGAACACCCUCCACCACGAAAAGUCCCUGCGCCAUAAUUCCCCUUUUACCGUUAUCUGUAGCACAAUAUUCAUCCGUUUAACUCGCAGAUCUCAACAAAUACGUCUUUGCGAAUUCACCACGAGUACUUGAUUGGCGGGGUUCAUUGUUUGUUAGUCAAUCCAGGUUCGAUACCCUCGUCAGUCCUCCUGGAUUCAAGAUCUUCGGACCUAGAACUCUCUCGAUCCCUUCCACCUUUUCCACCUUUGAACCAGAACUCGAAUAGCCAACAGCUCCCAGCCUCCACAACACAUAGAUAAAGACAACCCUCUCGUCAUGGAAGGUCGACCACCACAGUUACCGUUCUCGCGGAAUACGAACACGGCCUCUCCAUACGCCCGUUCUACGUUUCCACCUGCGCCAAACGGACAACCUUCACAAUAUCCCCCGUCGUCGCAUCCACCGAGUGGCCAGCCUUCAUACCCGGAUCAUCAACGAAGAACUUCUGAUGGUCAAUACUUUCAACCGCGUUAUCAAGAAGGACCACCGUUGCAUGGGGGAGGUCAUUCAAGGCACCCGAGCUCUUCCUCGAUUGGGCAUUCGACUCCGGUAGGACGCGGUAUGCCUCCACCAUCUUCGCCGCAACAACAACAACACCAAGGACCCAUCCAACACGGGUAUGGACCACCGCAUCCUCGAGGACCUUCAGUGUCGGUUGGGCCUCCGGUCGGAUUUCCAAGUGGCCGAGAGUUGCCACCGCCUUUGAAUAGACCACCUAGCACUGCUGGAAGUAACAUGUCCAUUUCAUCAUUACUGGGAGGCCCAGCGCCGACUACUCGUGAACAGAUGCCAAACCAGUACACGUCCCCAAUCACUACAUCGGCACCACCUCCGAUGUAUGGUAGUGCGACGCAUGCGUCACCGCGCGUCAGCUCAGCGGCAAAUGACUAUACAUCUUUUGGACGUCCUCGGACCCCCGAUUCACGGUAUGAACAUCGAGAUCACCGGGCGAAUUCUGCAGGAUCACCACCAGGUGCUGGACAAUAUGGAACGCCUGAUCACCGACACGCUACUCCUCAACAUUACGGUCACAGACCCUCUCAGAAUCCAAUCGCCCAGCAUCCAGACGAUCGGCGCGACUCGCAAGGCAUGAGAGGUAGCAACAUGAACAUGCCUCCGCGACCAAACAGCCAGCCAAUGACAUAUCACUCUUCGACGUCUCGCCCUGGAGAUCGUUCUACGUUUCAUGGUGAACCACAACUUGGUGGUAGGAGAGUAGAGCAAGACCCUCGAGGGAUGGAGACUUUAACUAGAGGAGAGCCAAUCCAUCAAAGACCCAGUGGUUUCAGUAGUAGACAUGACCCGGUCUUCGAGCACAUCGACAGAGAACGAGAGAGGGAGCGAGAGCGAGAGAGAGAUAGGGCGGAGAGGGAAUCAGCAGCAGCAGCAGCCAUGAUGUUAAAUCACAGGGAGAGGGAGAGGGAGAGGGAGAGGGAAAGGUCUGCUUCGGAGCGGGAGCAAGCUAUGGCCAUGCAGGAACAGGCACGACCUGGUAUACACGGAGAGUACCCACACCAGAUGUCUCAACGAAAUCAUCCCCAAAUCUAUGGUCGUCAACCAGAUGCCCGCGAACAAGCAGCUUGGGCACGUCCUGGACAUGAACAACAAAGAAUUGGGUUUGAACCACCGACAUAUGAGCGACCACCACCAUCUUAUGCAUCACAUGGUAAUGUCUACGACCAGCCAAGGAGCGCAGCCCCUCAGUACGGUAUUCACCCUGCGUAUCAACCUGUCCCUAAUAAUGAUCAACGUGAUCCUCGUUACGCCCAUGUCUCUCAUUAUCCGCCACACUCUCAGCAGCAACAAGCAUCGGGUCCAAGCCCUCAUUUUGAGCAAACGUUUGAGGACAGAAUGUUGCAGCAGCAGCAGCAGCAGCAGCAGGAACAGCAAGCUGCAGCAAGACAGCGAGCGGAAGUCAAAGCUCAACAAUCCGCCUUUGCUGGAUCAAUGCCACCUAAUCCCCAAUACCCGCAGCAUGACUCCCCGCAGAGAAGAUUAGUCGAAGAAGCACCUCCUCAAAUGAUGCAGCAACAUCAAAACCAAAGAGGACUUCUAAGUGUUCAAGACAACCGUAGAGGAGGUCGAGUCUCACCUAUCCCUCAAGCUGUACAAGGUGCACAAUCACAGCAACCUGGUCCCGCUGGUGAACCUAGUAUCAAGAGUGAGUUUGGUAAAAUAUUUCCUGGCAUUGGAAGUGGGGUGGCUUUGAGUUUAUCUAGUCCUGUUGCGGGAUCUACUACUGCUGGUUUGCCUUUCUCUGGCUCACGCCGUGAAGACCUUGAUUCCCCUUCUGCUCACAAUUCGCCUAUUGAAAAUGGUAGCUCUACAAUGCCUCGUCCAUUUGGUAGACGCCGUAAGCUCAAGGAGGAAGAUAGAAAUGACGACGACAGUAGUACUGGACGACAAACUCCCAAUGGCAGAGAAAAGCGUACAAAACAUGCUGCACAUCGACAUACUCACCAACACCGAGUCGCCGGUGCCUUGGAUCAAAUCCCGCCACCUUCAUCUCAAUCGGUGACGCCCUUUAAAAGCAUCAAAAGAACCAAUGGUGAUGUGUCCCCACCUCACGGAGAAACUUCCGUUGUUCCGCAUCAUCAUCUCUCCAAUCCACAUUCUCACCAUCACCAUCACCAUCAUCACCAUUCUGCAGGACCGAAUCACAAUUCUGUAGGACCAAAAGUCCCUCCUCCUAUGAACAACCACCUCCAUAUGCCCAAAUACCGAGUUCAUUCACAAGAGAUCAUUGAUGAUGCUUCACAGCACCCUCGUUGCCAUCUUGGUGGCGAGUAUUACCAAGCAAAUCUCUCAUUGUACCGAUCAAACUCUACUGGCGAAGUGCCAUACAAUCGCGCAUUUGCUGGUACUAAUAGGAGCAGCGCGAAUUUCGAAAACCUGAUCAAUUGUACAUUUACAGUUAAGAUUUCCCGGGUUCAUCUUCAGCCGCCAAGCAGAGCACAAAUCACAGCUCGGAAAAACCUAUGGGGUACUGAUGUCUAUUCGGAUGACUCGGACAUCAUUGCGGCAUUAAUUCAUCAAGGUUGGAUUUGCGGAAAAUGGAGCGACGAUAUCGAUGUCAAACUUUUGGAUCUUUAUCAAGCAGAUGAAGGAAUAUCUGUUGAGCCAGAACUGGAUACGAUGGCUGAUGGACCGGAUGAAUUUUUUGACCGUCCUCCUGCUAGAGGUCCUAUGCCAGUUCGUAACAAUCGCGAUCUUCAUGUCACAGUACUUGUUCUGGGUUGUCUUGAUAAGUACUUUAGCACGAUCCGAUAUGGUAUCAAGAGUCGUGAAUGGGGAGGCAAGAACACCCGUGCUCACGACGGUCUGAGUUACUUGAUCAUGAACAUCAGGUGGGUUGAAGGGGUUAAUGGGAUGGAGCGGGGAAAUGUUGCGAUGAAACAUCACAUGGAUCGAGAAUACCAGGAAGUUGAUCGAGACCGCGAGUUGUGGCUGGAAACACACAUGAACGGAAAUGGAAAGCGAACUAUGGACCAUGGAAAUGGAGAGGACAUACAAAUGGAAGAGAGCAAUGUAAGAGGUGAUGGAGAUGCACAACAUGUUUUAAGUGAUGGGGAGAUUAGAGGUGUCGGCAUGGGAAGUUGGUGGAAGGGAAAUUCUCGAGGUUCUUCAAAGCGCAUCAACAUCGGAGAAGAUUCAGUUCCCGAACCAUCGGCAGGUACGAUAGGAGUUGAAAUUUCACCAGGCGCGGCAUGUUCUUCACCAGCCCGCGGACAGGACUUUACUAAAGCAAACGCCUCAGGAAACGGAGACAAUGCGCAAAAUUCUUCGAAUUCCGCACCUGUCUCCGACAAUAGAUACAAUGCCAAUCCAACUUUGGAAUGGGGCCGUAUUCAGGCCCCAGCUGUGAAUCCCGGUACUGCUCCACUAAAUAGAGAAAAUAAUUUGCCCGUUACAGCCUCAUUACCAGAACCGAUGGUAGUCGAAGAAACAGCUUCCGCUCCUCAACCCUCAAUGCCAAAGGAAACACUCGAAACAGGAAAUCUCGCCCUAAAGCCCACGGAAAAUUCAAGUCGUGAAGAAGAAGUUGUCAAGGAUACCGAAUCGACUCAACCCUCAAAUAAAGCUACCUCUCAGCCAGAAAGUCAAUCAAGUGAACCCAGUCAAACACCAGUGACAGAAAGCAAAAAGCAGAAUGAAAGUAUUCCGACUGCAGCCGAAUCAAAGGGACAGGAAACAACCGCACAAGUCAUUCCGGUCGUAGAAGUCCCCACGGCUGCAAUUGAAACACAAGCCCAAGCGCAGACUAUCCACACUGGUGGAGAUUCUUCUCCAGAUGUUAGCGCAGCUGGAGUUGUGGACGCAGAUUCGUCUACAUCUGCUCCUGUAAACAACUAAUGCGAUCUUGGAAGGGCAUUGACGUACCUGAAUGUGCUUUAUCUAAUGUAUGAAUAUUCUCCAAAUCCGCAGGAAAAGCUUCGGCAGGAUAGCCAGUCUCAUCCAGAAUGACAAUUCUCUCCAAAAGGUUCACAAGAUAGGAACAGUUCUGGGAGCACUACAGGACUCACAUCUCGACUUCGUUUUAGAUUGAUGAAUACUCAAUCCUCCAGAUACAAAAUGAUAAUACCGAGCAUUUAUUCCUCGCGAUUCGAUCCAGUGUCAAAAUCCCUAGAAAUAUUAUCAAUGACCAUCUCCACUUUACGCAUACGAAACACGACACAUGGGAUAGCAUCUCCACAGAUAUGCCGCACGUCGAGGGGCAAAGCAACGAUCAAACCACCAUUGGGAGAUUUUUCUCCAAAAUCCCUCGGAGAUGCUCGAGAGAACAGUCUACAAGCAUCUCAAAUCAAGGAUGGAUCCUUCUUGCCAGUCUGGCGUGGCGGAACACAAGAAGAAUCCGAGAAAUCUCUCUGCAUAUACCUGUCUGCGAGGAGGAUGCCUCUCCCUAUUUUUCUUCUUUUUUAACGUCAUUUUUUCCUCUUUCUUUCAAGAAAUACCACCCAUCGUUGUUUUUCCACGUGAGCAAGGUGUUUGGCGUUUAACAUUCGAUCAUCACAUUUGCCAAGGCAACUUGAUGAUCAAGCAAUGUUUACUGGCUUGCUAAGCACUUUGUAUGCCGGGAUUGGGAAUGGAGAGGUCGAUAGUGCCGCUUGCUGCAAAAUACGCAGACAUGGUACGUUGGUAGAGCAGUCCGAUGGAGAAGUGGAGGAGUGAACAUAGUGGAAUCUGGUACAGCAAGCAAGCCCAGGGGGCACAAGUCGAUCUGGCGGGUAUUUACUGAUUGACUGAUAGAAGCGUUGAGAUACAUACCUCCGUAGACAAAUAAAUACAAAACUAAAAAUACAUAAAAAAAUCAUGGUGUAUGGUGUGUGGUGUAUGAGUACAAACGGGUGGACAUAUGAAAG